UAAACUUAUUAAAUAGAUAUUUUUGGACAGAAUGACCAGCUGCAUAUUUGCACGUAUUCUGGCAAGCUCCGUCCAUUUAGCCAAGAAAGCUGGUCAAAUAGCCAGAGAAAUACGAUUGUCGGGCGAUUUGUCGAUUGUGGAAAAAGGUGUGCAGGACUUCCAGACCGAGGCAGACAGAAGAGCUCAGCAGCUGAUCAUUGGUAAUUUGAACAAAUUGCAUCCAAGCCUCGUCUGUAUCGGAGAGGAAGACGGUCUUUCAGAAACAGUGGAACAUGCAGACUCGGAAUUAGACGAGGAGUGUUUAUCGGCAACUUAUCCCACAGUGUUGUCUUCAUUGGAAGAAAACCAGAUCACGUGCUGGGUGGAUCCCCUAGAUGGGACUAAAGAGUACACGGAGGGUGGAGAGUGGAUAGAACACGUGACUGUGUUGAUUGGGCUCUCAGUCGCCGGCAGAGCGAUGGGCGGAGUUAUCCACCAGCCCUUCUACAAGUAUUCAGAAAACAAAAGUACCACUGGGCGCACAAUAUGGGGUGCAGUGGGCGUAGGCACGUUCGGACUGGACCAUGAUCCACUACAGGUCCAUCUGGAUAGAUUAAGUGGCAAACACACUCCCAAGUACACUUCCACUCGCUCUCAUUCCAGUCCGAUUGUGAAUGAGCUAUUUGAGGCUCUGCAACCAUGUGAAGUGGUGCGCUUGGGGGGAUCAGGUCACAAGGUGUUGGCAGUGUUAGAUGGUACAGUGGAUGCUUACGUGUACCCCAGUCUAGGUCUGAAGAGAUGGGACUCAUGUGCUCCCGAGGCAGUCAUCACAGCCGCAGGGGGUUAUUUCACUGACAUCACAGGAAAGAAUUAUGACUACUCGGCAGACGAUGAAGAUAGAAUGAACUGGAUGGGAUGUCUUGCUGGAUUCGGAGACAGCAAAACUCUGGCUGACAAAGUGCCACAGUCAAUUGUAGACAAAGUGACACAAGUGAUGAACACAAAGAAGGAGGCUAAGAAAUAGAAAUGUUUAUUAUGUAUUAAUCAGAAGUCGGUUCUUCUACCAUUUGUUUUUGUCGUCUCUCGUCUGAUUGAAAUCAAUUUUUGAGCAUAUUUAUGAUCUUCAUGCUCAAUCUUGUCGAAAUGCGAUUUAGUUUCAUGGCAGAAGGACCAAAUUGCAGAAAUUUUCGAAGCAAUCAAAGGCCUUAGAUUAGCCCAAAUCUUUUCUGAAAUGUCACGGUUCCAUUCAGACUUUUGAUUUGAACUGUGGUUGACAAUUAUAGCUUUCUUUUAUUGGUCCUGCUGCCAAAAGGUUCCACAUGUGAAAAAUAGUAAUUUCGGAACCUCUGUUUUUGAUGUAAUCAAGAGUGACAUGAACGGUCAAUAUUGAAAAUUUUAAGUGCCUCUCCUCUGUUCGAGGGUUUGCUAAGUGAAUCCAUUGUAAACAGUGUAAUUGAACUUGUAUUUUAUUUACUCAAAUGAUUCUAUUUGUUUACUGCUUAUUUAUAAAGAUAUGCAAAUCAAAAGUGCUCAAAAUCAGAAAUCUUUAGAACUAA